GCGCAACUUUCGGCACGCCAUUGUGGAAACCGGAAACUAGCUACUUUCACGUAAACGUUGCUCGGUCCGUACUCUCAGGCUUGCGCUUCAGUUUCUAAAUUGAGUUUUUAAUCUUUUUAAAUUAAAAAAAAGUAGAAGCUGCCCCCACAAUGGCUACGGACUCUUGGGCCCAGGCAGUGGACGAGCAAGAAGCUGCGGCGGAAUCGAUUGGUAACCUUCAGAUAAAAGAAAAACCAGAGGAAAAUGGCACGCUUUCAAACGCAACAGACUCGGGUAGUGCAGCUGCAAAAUCAGAACCCGAGGGAGAAAACAAGACUACAGAGGACGAUGAUAAAGAUGACAAAGCGGCACAAUCGUUAUUGAACAAGCUAAUCCGGAAUAAUCUUGUCAAUAACACCAAUCAGGUGGAAGUUCUUCAGAAGGAUCCCAACUCUCCGCUCUACUCAGUCAAGUCCUUUGAGGAGUUGCGACUGAAGCCACAGCUGCUUCAGGGUGUUUAUGGCAUGGGUUUCAACCGGCCAUCCAAAAUCCAGGAGACUGCCUUACCUAUGAUGCUGGCUGGACCUCCACAGAAUCUGAUUGCUCAGUCACAGUCAGGAACAGGGAAAACUGCUGCCUUUGUUCUGGCCAUGCUCAGUCAUGUAGAUCCUGACAACAAAUAUCCCCAGUGCCUCUGUGUGUCACCCACCUAUGAACUGGCACUUCAGACUGGCAAGGUUAUCGAGCAGAUGGGGAAGCACUAUCCUGAGGUCAAACUAGUCUACGCAAUCAGAGGAAAUAAAUUGCCCAGGGGCAUGAAGCUACAAGAGCAGAUCGUUAUUGGGACCCCUGGCACCAUGCUGGACUGGUGCAGUAAAUUCAAGUUCAUCGACCCCAAGAAGAUCAAGGUGUUUGUGUUAGACGAGGCAGACGUCAUGAUCGCAACACAGGGUCACCAAGACCAGAGCAUCCGCAUCCAAAGGAUGCUGCCUCAAACCUGCCAGAUGUUGCUAUUCUCAGCCACGUUUGAAGAGACAGUGUGGAACUUUGCCCAGCGCAUCGUGCCUUCUCCAAACAUCAUAAAGUUAAAGAGAGAGGAGGAGACCCUUGAUACCAUCAAACAGUACUACGUGUUGUGCAACAGUAGGGAGGAGAAGUUCCAAGCCCUCUGUAACGUCUAUGGAGCCAUCACUAUCGCCCAGGCCAUGAUCUUCUGCCAUACAAGGAAGACAGCAGGCUGGCUUGCUGGGGAACUGUCCAGAGAGGGCCACCAGGUGGCGCUGCUCAGCGGUGAGAUGCAGGUGGAGCAGAGGGCUGCUGUCAUUGACCGCUUCAGAGAUGGCAAGGAGAAGGUUUUGGUCACCACGAAUGUUUGUGCUCGAGGUAUCGACGUUGAGCAGGUUUCUGUGGUGAUCAACUUUGACUUGCCUGUGGACAAGGAUGGUAACCCGGACAACGAGACAUACCUGCACAGGAUCGGCCGCACAGGACGAUUUGGCAAAAGGGGACUGGCCAUCAACAUGGUGGACGGCAAGAUGAGCAUGAACAUCCUCAACAGGAUCCAGGAGCAUUUCAGUAAGAAAAUCGAAAGAUUAGACACAGAUGAUCUGGAUGAAAUCGAGAAAAUCGCCAGCUAAAGAAAGCGUCGUUUAUUGCAUGAAGGACGCAAACCCGACUGCCCCUCCCCUCUUUGCUGCCCCCUCCCCCCCCUCCCCCAAGGACUGUACGCUCCUACAGUGUUUUAUGCUUUUAUUUUUUUUAGCUGUCGGGAGAAAAGAGCAAAACCACAAACACAAUAUAUGUUUACAUGUGGAUAUGUUUCCUCUCGGACGAGUGUUUUUGUAAGUCUCGGGAACAUACUCCAUUCACUCUUUGUACCUCCUUUGAAUAAAGUGUCUGAGUUUAUCGCUGUGUAUCGUGAUGCUGUACUAAGCAGCUAUAGUGGACUCUGGUUUCACUGAACACAAAUGGAUUUAUUGAAACACUUUUUGGUGUUGGUCAUAGCUAUUAAGAGAUUUACAACAACAAAAAAGUAUGAACGAAAAACUAUUUUAUGUGCCACAGAGUUUAGAAUUUUUAAAGAAAAAAAAAGAAUAAUUGAAUGUAACUAUCAUGUUGAUAAUAUUUAUUUUACUCUGUAUUGACCAAAAGUACAAAGGGUGAAUUUGGGUAUGCUGCUCUGAGCUGUAGUUUAAUCAUAACGUUUGUAACUGAGAUGGUGAUGGUUGGGUUUUAAGGGUCUAUGCAAACUUAUCAACCUGUGAUAGCUAUUAUCAAAUCCUAUCAACCUGUAUUCACAUAACAUACAAUUACUCCUGAAUUAACCUCAGCUUUAGCAUCAGGGUGUGUAGUCAAAUGCCAAAAAAAGCCUCCUAGAGUGAUACACUACUAACUUCAAGUCAUUGAGAUAAUUGUUUCAUAAGAAAUCAUCAGCCACCCACACAUCUCACAUUUAAUUUAUAUCAUAAAACAUCCGCCAUUAUCAGGACAGGCUAUGUGCCACUGUUGAGCAUUAUUCAAUAGUCUUAUUUUUUUACUCAAAAUGUGGCCGUUAAGGUCGUAUGUGAUAAUUUCCCCCUUUGUGCUUCACUGUCCCACACAAUCUCCUCAAUCAGGGUCUCCAGUUCAACUUAAGCUCAGCUACAUUCUUCACUCAGACUGUGCUGUUAAGGAUUGUGAGUUUAAAAACAAACAAAAACAAUGCCUUCCUCAAGUGCAUUAUAUAUAUAUUCAUAUGAUUUUGUUAUUGAUAUUCUAAGACAUCGGGCUUAAUAUUCUGGCAAACACUUGAAAUUUUGAGUAUAUUGAAUCACGGACAUCUUGUGUGAAUUAUCUUGUUGAAACCAAAUGUUGAAUUGACUUAGAGGACCUAUGCCAAUCAGAUUCACUGUGUUGCUCCAACACGGAUAGAAAACAUGUACUUGUGUACAUAUUAAAAAGUUUAGUUUAAAAAAAAAAAAAAAAAAAUAGUGCGACUGAGUUAUUGACAUUUUUGUCACUUCUAAGAAGUGCAAAAACAUUCCUCAUGAGGUUCAAUUUUGACAGAUGCAGCACUUAGAAUGUGGUGAGCAUUAAUGAGAAAAGGUGUACGAACUAAUGAAAACAUUAAAGGCGGGUGAUUCGUUGGUCUGAACCUUGUACAAACCUCUUCUGGCCACCGGCACUGACAAGACUGCUGGUGGUCAGCCUGUUGUCAUGGACUGUUUAUGGACAAUUUGUUGAAACUCACUCAACGAGCACAUGCAACCGAAUAAGAAGCAAGUGUGUGUGUGUCUGAAAAUACACAAGAAUGGUCUGUGAAGACUUUUGGGUAAAGACGCAGUGUAUGCAGUUUUAUUUGGACACUUGGAUGUAUACAUUAUCAGUGAGUGUGUGCGCACUUGGUUGAUCCAUUAUGUAAUACCGCUGUACGAGAGCCAUGGACACACAAAGCAGUUUUUUGGUUGUAGAGCUCAACACUCCUCUCCACAUGUUGUAUAACUUGUUUGAUAAAUGUCAGGAGAACCUACCACAACCUGUUUUCAUACUUGUAUACAUAGGAGCAAGAUCAUGUGUAGACUGUGAUAGGUUCAGGGUGUGUGCUAUUCUGUGGCUGAGCUGUGGUCAUGGACACAGUUAUGUAAUCUUCAUAUCUUGAAUUAAAAGGACAUGUAGAUAUUCA